AUUCAUUUGUCUACGACAAAUUACCUUGAAAACUUGAAGAACAAAAGCGUCAAAUUGCGAACAGAAAGUGAGGGAAAACUGACGAGUAAAAUGUAGAAUUGAUGGAAAUCUCGUUAUGAUGGUUGGAUUUUCCCGGGAAUUCAAGUUCCAUCCCUGAAGGGGAUGAAAAGAUGAGAGGGCGCCGCAUUCUCGAACAGGUCGAUACGACCUGCGCGCUCAACUUUCUACUGACACGUAAUCUGCAAUGGACCCGUGCUGAUUCUGCAGCUGAACAACAUGUCAAAGACAAGAGUCUUUCAUUUUCCAUCUUUAAUCGACGCGACAGCGUUUUUUAAAAUUCGAAGAAUCAUCAAUAAUCAAACAUAAAGAGUUACACUCGCGAUGUAACAUAAAUUUCCAACAUCAUGGGUGUACCACCUUUUAUCCACCUACAUGGAUAUUUUGUUUCUUCAAUAAUUUAAAUUUAAUGAAGAGGAUGAGUGAACAAAACGAUACAAAUAUAUAAUAAUUGAGAAAAUAAUUAAUUAGUCAGUGUUCUGUGAAAAUUCGAUAAAAUGGGGACCAGAUUCGCGUCAUAUUCUUUGAAGCUGACUAGCCUACACGAUUAUUAUCAGAGGCUUCUUCAUGGCAGUCAGCCUGUACCUUCUGGCCUCGAUAUGGCGAAUACAGUGAAAUCUUGCUCUCAAAUGUUGUUAUCUUUGCUGAAGGAAGUCCGCGAACCACCAUUCGAGAUGAUCAAAUCGCAAAAGUUCGACGCUGAACGCAUGGCUCUUUAUCCGAAUUUGGAUUAUAAACAACUUUACAAUGCCCUCACUCAGCUGAUCGAUGUUGUUCCUUCCAUUCACAAUGGUUUACAAGCGUUUGGUCAAGCUCUGCUGCAGUGUCUAGCAUGUAUACUACCUUUCCUGGAUCACGAUCUGAUCGACAACGUACCAUAUUUGACAGCCAGCUCGAUCUCGGUGCUCCCGAUGGAUCUCCACCAAGACAUCGUCAAUUAUCUCUGCUUCUACAUUCUACCAUUCACCAUUGCGAGAAAGACCGAAGAUGGGAAUGAGAAUGCAGCAAGUCAAUCAAUAGCUGCUGUCAUUAUGAUGAUCUUUCAAUAUUCCAACAACGCAGCACACCAUUGCCAACUGUUGGAGUGCUUGAUGGCGCUGAAACCAGGCGUGGUGAAAGACAUUCUCUGCGUGGUUGCAUACGGAACGGCGCCAGCCAGAGCAUCCGCGGCUAAACUACUCUUUUACUACUGGCCAUCGUUCAACCCCAAUCUAUUCGAUCGAAGAGCAGUCUUAAUGAAGUUCGCGAACGACCUGACACCCUUCGUCUGCCAAAGAGACACGUGCCCCAACGCGGGCAACGCGGAAGCCGGUAAAGUUUGCUACGACCAUCGAAUAUCCAUCACCUUUGCAACCGACACACCCCCGCCCUUGUACCUUUGCAUCGAAUGCGCCAAUGAGAUACACAGGGAACAUCCGAAUCAGAUGUUCUACGACAUUUUGCAUCCCAUGCAACAGGUGUCCAUGAUAUGCGAAAACAAAAACUGCAGAGCCACGGACAAAUCAGCGAUCAGUGUAUGCUUCUCUACGGAAUGCGCCAGUUAUAAUGGAAACCACCCUAUUCGCUAUUGCCAACAAUGUCACAAUAUACGGCACAAUAAUCGACGAGGUGGCGACCAUGUAUACCACAUGGCUUUACCUCAUAUAUCUCAGCUCGAUUCUCAAACUCAAACCUACAUGGUCCAAUCCAUCGUCAGCCUGCUUAAGGAAGCUGAACCGCUAAGUAUGGAUAGUAAUCGAGAGAACUCGGAAAUAAAUACUAAUAAGGGCAGCGCAGGAUUCCCAGGAGGCGGAAGCAGCGGAACUGGCGGUGGUGGUACAUCCGGUGGCGGUGCUGGAGGGCAAUGCGAUCCAACCACCCUAGAGGAGAGACAACUUCUUGGAAGAUACGGUGUCUGGCUGCUGGUUGGGCUUUGCACCCCAAAUCAAGACACCUCGAUCGAAAUUCUCGGACGUUUAUUGUCAAUGCUAUUUCAUUGGUUUCAUGUUACUGCCUACUCUUUCGAUGGUACUGAAAAAAGCCUUAUGCAUCUUAUCUUUUCUGUUGGUCAAGCGGAGAGUCCACUUGAGAAGCUGAAAACCGAAUACGUUUGUGGAUGGUUGGCCGAGGUGAUGAAGACACAUUAUGAAGUUUUUAUUUCCUGUCUUCUACCACAUCCGGCCGACUACGUUCGAGUGGGUGGACACUGGGAAACAUUGGCUUCAAGAACGUCGCACCUGAAAGACGGUCUGAAUCGUCUCUUCUGUUUGGUGCCCUACGAAGUAAUCACACCGGAUGUCUGGGAUUAUGUGAUGCCUCAUUGGAUGGAGGCCAUGGUGAACGACGUUCCGGAAUACGAGCUUCACGAAUUGAAAAUGAUUCUACGAAAAAUCCUAGACAGAGAUAUGAGCCCCUUAGGCUUCGACGCGAAGAAGAUGUACAAUUUUGUGGCGAAACGUUUCGUCAACACCUGUGCGAAGGUUCAAGAGCAAGCACUGAAUUGGCUGCAAACUCUGACCAUGUUAGAAAUCAGUAUUCCUCUCUGUCAGUUAUUCUCAAUGUUCAGCGAUGGCGUGGCUGUCAUGGGUGCCAUGAACUUAUCCGAGUCCGAACAGAAACCCAGCAAGGGAACCAAGAAAAAGGACGACGAUGGAAACGCCAUAUGUUCGGUUGUGGAGAACGAAUCGGGAAAAUCAACACCUUUGUCUGAUGAUGCUGCACCCACCCCGAGACACAUGGAAUUCACUACUAACGCAGAAUUGAAUUUAUCUUGCUGUAUUCUUAUGCUCGAUAUACUCUUGAAACAGAUGGAGCUGCAAAAUGUGGACAAGCACACAGGUAUCAACACUUGGGUAUGCAGAGACGCGUGUCGAUUAAUGAAGUCUAUCGUCGCUUCGAAUUGGAACAAUUGCCAUGUGUGCAACACGGACACCGAGUGCACUUACUGCGAAGCCAGGGUGAUCUGGCACCAAUUGUGCCUGCAAUUAGUCACUUACAUGGCACCGGAAAAUCCAGCAUACCCACCUGAUAAGAUCUUAGAUGAAAAUGCGGACGAUCACGGUCGAAAGAGUCCCGAGGGCUCUAGGAAAGGUGACUCGAAAUCGGACGUGGUGAUCAGUAUGCCGGUACCGGAAAUGCACUCGGUCGGUGGUGUACUAGCUCACAUGCCUCAGUUCUUCGAACAGAUCAUGACAGCCACAGUAGAGACAGUUUCGGAGCAGCUGGACCUGACAGCCAUCAUACCAACGGAGAAGGUCAUGUCGGCGGUCGCGAGAGCUGUCACCUUGUCUGAUACUGACGUGGCAACGGCAACUGUGAGCGUGGCAAAGGCAAGACUAAUAGGAGAAAACGAUCAACCUCUGAAUUUGAGCCCGGAAAACGAGGCGGAUGAUUUUUGGCACACAUCCGUUGGGAAGUUUCGAUUCAACAUUGAAGACCUUCCAGAGCAACUUCAAUACAUACACAAACUCCUAAAGGAAAUAAUGACGAUCGAGAAGCCUGAUAUAUUAUACUAUAUGCUGCAAUGUUUAAACGUCAUGUGCCUGUACGGUGAUGCCUUUAAUAUCGCAGUAAAGGAUCAUCAAGGUUUCUUCAUAUGGUGCCAAGAGAAUUUACUAAUUAAAAAUUUAUGGGACCUCCUCAAUGCUGAACAUUCGCACAUAGCCCAAGUGACAGUGCCGUUGUUGUUGCACUGUGUCACAUUGCUCUGUGGGACAGACACCUUCUGGCGUUUAAUUCAGGAAGAAUUUCACAAUUCGGAUUGGCGUGUUCGAUUCGUAGCAGUGGAAAGGGUUACUCUGAUGGCAAGAUUCAUGGAUUCUACUCCACUGAGAAAUGUUAUGAGCCUCCAAGCUGCUUUGGCAAACGCAUUCUGCUAUUUGGUCGCCAGCAUGGACGAUGGAAAUGUUUAUGUGGCGCAAAGAGCGACUCUGUAUCUUGGUACCAUUCACGAUACAGCUGUCAGGUCACUGAUCCUCUGUUUGGAGACCCAAUUCGAUUCUGUGAUAGUGGAUCGGCCUAUGGUACUGCAAUCACUCUACCAAUUACAUAACAGCCUAAGUGACAGACAUAUUUUGACUUGGGAAUUCUUUCUCAAUCGUUUCGACGCCCUGUUUCUGGAGGCUCAGAUCAAUCUCGAGAGAUCUGGAGACAUACCCUAUCUUCGUGAUCUUAGGAACACGGAUCUAAACAGCGAGAUUUUCAUGAAGAAGCUUCACAGAGCACAGGAAGCCUUAUCGCAGUCGGACGGAAGUGGAACGAACUCGAUAAAGACGCUCAGCGCCAGUUUCGGUACAAAAUGGCCUUACAAACGCACAAUGUCGGCGCCUGCAUCGAUGAUCCCUCGACAGGACACUAAACAAGAAAAGGAAAAGGUGUACAGCCGGCAAUACUCGGCGCCUAUCCUGAAACGCAAGAGCUCCAGAUUCGGACUGGGUCAGUUGCUGGGGUCCACCCCACCUAAUAACAGUAUACCAGAUGGACACGUUCAUUCUUUAAACAUGGUGGACGAAACUAGCGCUCUACCAGGAUAUACCCACAAAAUCGUGGAUCUAGAGGAAGCUGACAAGGAGACCAUGCAUUUGCUGGUGUUCCUUCUUAUGCAAUUUCUUUCCAGACCGGAUCAGGCCUUUCCAACGGAUGAGAAACCUCUAUCAAAGACCCAAGGAAUCGUUCUACGACAUCUGUACCUUCUAUUAGGGUACAAUCAAACGGAACGUACUUUUCAUACUUCGCCUCAACGCUUACGAGUAUCCCCUGUGUUCAACGUGUUCAUCGCGAAUCUCCCCCAACUCCUGGACCAGAACCACGUGAUGGGAUGGGUAAUGACACCCCCUGUAUUAGCUAUUCUGCAACAUUGUCCCUGUCCACCACAAGGGAUGCCUCCAUCGGAUCACCAAGCACCUACCUAUAGCCUCUGGUACUUGGAACCUCAAAACAGACGCUCCUGGCUAAUGUCCUUGCUUGUCAUACUGUACAAGUGUCAAUACGGCCAGCAACCAUGGUGCAAUCAGCUGCAAGUGCUGAUCAAGAUCGUUUUGAACACCUUGGAUACCCAGCACCAUCAGUGCAAGAGGAUUCCAGCCACUGUGGUGAUGGGUGCUCCACCAUCUAGAUCACGAGACGUGUCACAACCGUCUCUGGGUGUAGAUCAUGAAUUAGUGACGACAGGGGAUGUGAACACCGAGAGCACUCCAAUGAGGACAUCCAUGAUUUCUGUACACCAACGUAGCCCAGGCCCAAUUCACAGUCAAAUGGAAACUCACUGGGAAGAAAGCACACCGUCUUGUCGUUACACGAACAAGCAUUCCAGCUACUCGAUCAAUGCGGAUGAUACGGAGUCCGAGCUGGCUGCAAUACCCGAGAGCCCAAAAUCUGACAGCACCUUACAUGGCAGCAGUGGUGGAUCGCUCGGAGAGCUGGAAGAGACCCCGGCCAUUGUAACCAGAAGUGUAUCGCUACACGGGCCUAGGAGCACCGUCACCACCACCGAUAUCGUGGCUAGGGUGGACUGGAAUAACCAGCAGGUCGCCAAGAAGCCGGACAUGGUCGGCAGGCCCACUUGGUUCUUGGGUAGCGAAGACGAUGCUCAUCAGGGUGCGAAACCCGGGCCACAGAAGAAAUGGAGUGUACACGAGGGAGUGAAGAUGAUGGUAACCAGUACGUUAUUAAGUGGUCAAGCUGAUCUGCAGAAGUACACUGCUAUAACCAGAGCAGUGAGCGAGAAAAUGGACAAAACAGUGGCGGAAAAAGGAAUUUUGGAAAGAACAAUCCUAGAGAAAGCUGCUCAAGAAAAGAACGUCACUGUUCAAAUAGCCUUCAAUGGAGACACUGCUGCCUCGAAGCCUUUCGGAUUGUGCAGUGCCCUUGCCACUACUCUUCCUCAUCAAAUUCAAAGAUACGGGGAGCAUAAAGAAAAGGCACCUGCUGCAGGAUCCAGUAAUUCAGACUCUCCAACCUCUAAGCAGUUGGGUCGUCAGAAGCGUAUCGAACAAAGCGUGACUAUGGCAUCGCCUGUAUCUCCAGGUCAAGUAGUCACGGUUACCAGCAGCGAUCAGUCGAGUUCACCAGCUGUUAGCUCAAUUUCUUCUCAAAUCACCAGCACAGAAAACGGUCAGCAUCCUGGCUGGACCGAUCCUCCUCAUCCUCUAAUCGCGCCAACUGUUGAACGUCUAUUGCCAAUUGGCACCGCGAUACGUCCUACUGGUCCCCGACCCGCUCAACGUGUUCUGCGUUGCGAAGACACGUAUGGCUCGCCGGAAUCUCCUCUGUCCAAAAUGGACGUGUUAACAGUCAGUUCUUCGUUCGAUCAGGAUAGCGAGACGUGCGUAUCCAGCGAAAUAACUAGUCCUCGAAGCAUAUCCCAGCUAGAAUUCCCUAUGCCUGAACGACUGCUACCAGUGGGGCCCCAUAGAGAUUUCUCUGGCUUGGUAGAGCACGUUCGCCAGGCGCUUGGGGUCCAAGAAAUUGAAGAUUCGAAUAAAUUUGGGAAUGGAAACGGUAUAAAGACUGACGGCCAAGCACCAGUGAAACAAGACAGUACAACAUCUGAGAAUCUGUCGGCAUCUUUGGUACCAACAUCGAAUGAGGUGCAUUCGAGUAGGUCUGCCAGUCCAAGAAGAUUGAUCAAGCAGGUCGCACUGGAAUCGCCGCCUCCAGCGAUAGAAUCCUCGGAUUAUCCUUCAAGAAUCUUCGAUCUUGAUCGAAGAUCCAAGAUAAAGGAUCACGUUCGUAUUCAACGAGACAAGCCUCGGAAGGACAGCAUCGUUGGGCUAGAUGGGCCAAUAGCGAGGCGCACAGAAUCUUGGUCAGGUCCUCAAUUGCAGCCUCAUUUCGACGUCACCUCGCAGCAGGCCUGUCACGCUGAUUUUAGCUUGAAACAGAGUCUAUUCCGUAUAGGAGACGACUGUAUCUACGAAAGAUGUUCAGAAUGCGGAACCAUAAAAGAGGAAUACUCUGACGAGGAACUAGGCCUGUGUAUCAUUAAUCUAGGAACAUUCAUUCAUCGUGAGCCAUCCUUGGCAGCACCACUCUUGCCAGAGAUUCUACGUGUUGUAACAAAGGUGGCACUGAACGCGAUGUAUCCUUGGCAAAGUGAGACCAACAUGCACCUGCCAGGUGGUGCGAUCAGUGUAGCACAUCAAUUUCUUCGUUGUGUUCUUCAUCAACUGGCGCCUAACGGAGUCUUCAUGCAAAUGUUUCAAACGCACUUGAACGAAUCUACCAGAAUGCAGUUCUUCAAGAGUGUCACUCAGGCACUAGUAGACUUCAACGAACUCAAUCCAAUUGCACCUCUGCAAUUGCUACUCGAGACCUUGAACGCAAAGAAAUCUUUGCCCGUGGAACGUCUUCCCAUAAUACUGUACAACAUAGCUUGCUACCUGGACUGUCUGCCACUGGAGGCAGGUCUUGGUCCAGGUGCAACAACCUGGAGCGGAUUGCUGACACAAUUUGAUGGUCUAUUUCGAAGACUCGUGUUGAUGCUCUCCUCUAUCGAGGACACCACGCCAUUAUUGAGGAUCAUGAUUUCAUUAUUGAAGGUUCCAGGGAUACAGCAAUCGAAGGGCAUGCUAGACCCAUUCGCCAAAGUGUUAAGCUACGCCAUACAAAAUUUCACCAUUAAGUACAGUUAUCUAACUGAUUUAUGCUAUCUCUGUCAUCGUGGCUUCACCAGAGACAGAGACAAACACUUCUUCGGACGAACGAUCGUAUUCGAGCUGAUCCAAGCGAUCAAAUUCAAGACCACCAUACCGGACUCCAAUUUUCUGCUGUUGUUGCACUUCGUGCUUCAGGAUAUCGGUGGAUCGUUGCCCAAUACGAUCGCCUUGGAGAACAUCCAAACGGAUGUAUCACCGAUCUACAACACGAACGCAUCCGAGUCCCUGAAGAAUCAGCUGUCAGACGUGCUUGAUUUCUUGGCUGAUUUUCACACGUUGAGUAAAGUGAAGAGUUACAGCAAAGGAAUGCAAGCUGGUCUGAACGAAGACACUUUGGGUGGAUUGCUGAAAUGUGGUCUGGCGCAAUACGUGGCGCUAGAAAUUACCAGAGGCAACAAUAGGGAGAAUAGAGCAGUGGCUAGAUAUCUUCCUUGGCUCUACAGCGCCCCAUCCAUGACGCAACAAGGUGCCCGAGAAUACGUGGAUUGCAUAGGGCACAUUAGGCUGUUGUCAUGGCUGUUGUUAGGCUCCCUCACGCACACGGCCAUGUUCGCCAGUAGUAAUAAUACGCAUAGUCACGGCUCAUCGAUCCCGACAGCGCAACCAAUACCGCAGGAAGUAUCCUGCCAUGUCGCUGAUCACGUGCAGUUUAUAUUCUCCGGGUUUCCGGAACAAUCCAAGGCAUCGGUGUUACACAUGUCCUCUCUAUUUCAUGCUUUUAUACUUUGUCAGCUGUGGACAAUGUAUCUGGAAGAAUUAUCGAAGAACAAUCCAUCGAACAGUGAAGGACAUAACGUCACCAUGAAUAUUUUACUAGAAUUCUGGGGAAAAAUAACGCCCUGCAUAUUGCAGUUGGUUGGAUAUUCGAAAGUUCUGGCAGAAAUGGUGAACCUCCAUUUUCUAAGUCUACUAGAAGCUUUGCUAGAGUGUGGGUCCAUUUUGUUAAGCAAACUGUUGCCACUUUGGAGUCCAAUUUUGUACUCGCACCAUGCUCAGCUACCAGGACACUUGCAAAUGCGUUUGCAAAACUGUCGAGACUUCCCACCGAAUAAAAUGUCGGAAAACUUUGUCUCAUCUCGUCGAGAAUCGAAUGCUAUGUUGUUACGAUGGCUACACCGACUGCAAUUCAAGAUGGGACAAAUAGAAAUGCAGUCUUCUACGGCCACUCAAUUCUAUUCAAUUUAAAAUGGGAAAAUUGGAAGAAGAACGAAUUAUCUAGAUCAAUGGGACGUUUUAUAAAUAUUUCUGAAGAUCUCUAGUGUUAUUUGUAUUGAAUGUUACAUAGUUGUUUGUGUAUUGAAAUUGUAACUUGUUACUUGUUACAAAAUAUAUUUAUUGUAUCAAAAUUUCUUAUACCCCUGUGUAAUGUAGACCUCUCUUGGUUUAAACGUCGGUAAAACAGUCAACGCUUCAUUAGGCCGAACAGAAACUGAUUUAAGCGCCACCUCAGUUAUUGCAUCCAACUAACAUGCUAUACUACG